ACUGCUUGGUAGCCAAUCCCUGGUUAAGGUUACUGGCUGAAAAGCGUAUAAAAGGGCCGGCACUGGCCUUUUCGCUUUAGUUAAGAGGUUUUCGGCUUUUCGGUUUUUUGUUCUGCUUUGUAAGUUCUUGCUUAAGAUGUCUGGACGUGGUAAGCAAGGCGGAAAAGCUCGGGCUAAAGCUAAGUCAAGAUCCUCCCGAGCGGGCCUCCAAUUCCCUGUAGGUCGUGUUCACCGUUUGCUGCGCAAAGGUAAUUAUGCCGAGAGAGUUGGGGCCGGAGCGCCAGUGUAUUUGGCUGCUGUUUUGGAAUAUCUAACCGCCGAAAUCUUAGAACUGGCGGGAAAUGCAGCCCGAGACAACAAGAAGACUCGGAUCAUUCCCCGCCACUUACAGUUGGCUAUCCGUAACGACGAAGAACUCAACAAGUUGUUGGGCAAAGUGACUAUCGCUCAGGGUGGUGUCUUGCCUAAUAUUCAGGCUGUACUUUUGCCAAAGAAGACGGAGAGCCACCAUAAAACCAAGAGCAAGUAAGAGCUGGACUUCGAGGGCCCGGGAGAAAUCUCCGAAACCAAAGGCUCUUUUCAGAGCCACUAAAUUAUUUCAAAAAGAGCUUGUCACAUGUAGCUGUUGCUGGCACAAAAAGAAACUUGAUAAGAAUCAUCUUCUGACCUUGCCAGAGACGUUUGUUUCUUUGCACCAGCCCCUAUUGGGAUGUCCUGUUUAAGAACAUUUUCUGAAAAGAGCCAAGCACACAGAGGAUUUUGGCUGAAUACAACCAUUUCUAAAGAUCACUUCCUUGGACAAAACCAGCCAAACUGACGAGUUAACCCCAGAUCUGGUUUGUUCAGGCUGUCAUUGCUAUUCCUGAGAAAUAAAUGCUUGAUCGUAUUACUACUACCUGAGAUCCACAGAUCCCUUCUCUUUUAGUAACAUUCACAUCACACCGUCGUUUUUUCUUUUUUAAAUAAAAGUAUUUUAUUUUCCAAUUUAUACGUAAGGAUAGUUUUCCACAUUUGUUUUCAUAGUAUCUUUAGUUCCAAAUUUUUCUCCCUCUUCCCCAA